UACAGGACGUAGGUGGCGGUAGUCUGCCAUAUUGUCUCUGAUACAGCAGAAAUCGCACACCGACGCGGGCACACACCGGUGACGGAGGGAGGCGAGGACCGUUGGCUUGACGAAACUCAGCUAACGGGGAAGUAUUUCCGUCGUGGGCUUAAUCAAGGGGCUAUCCAACUGAGCCCCUGGUGGCCUCUCCUCCCCGUCAUCAGGCAAAGCCCUCCCUCCCCUCCCCCCAGUCCCCCCACCCCCCCUCCUCUUGAGCCGCUAUCUCUGUUGAGAUCUACACUCUUCAACCCUUACCAUCCCUCUGUCUUCCCUCACCACCCGGCCGGUCCUCCCAGUACUCUGACCAUUGCAGUGAGAUUUGCCAACCAUCUCUGCCAAGCUGUCGGACAUGUCAGGACCCGUGCCGAGCCGGGCCCGAGUGUACACAGAGGUCAACACUCACCGGCCCAGGGAGUACUGGGACUAUGAGUCCCACGUGGUGGAGUGGGGAAAUCAGGAUGAUUUUCAAUUGGUGCGUAAACUUGGGCGUGGCAAGUACAGCGAAGUCUUUGAGGCAAUCAACAUCACCAAUAAUGAGAAGGUGGUGGUGAAGAUUCUCAAGCCCGUGAAGAAAAAGAAAAUUAAGCGUGAGAUCAAGAUUUUAGAGAACCUACGUGGAGGCCCCAACAUAAUCUCCCUCAUCGAUAUAGUGAAAGACCCUGUGUCCCGGACACCCGCCUUGGUCUUUGAGCAUGUCAACAACACCGACUUCAAGCAACUGUACCAGACCCUGACGGACUACGACAUCCGCUUCUACAUGUAUGAGAUCCUCAAGGCCCUGGACUACUGCCACAGCAUGGGGAUAAUGCAUCGAGAUGUGAAGCCACACAACGUGAUGAUUGAUCAUGAGCACCGCAAGCUGCGUCUCAUUGACUGGGGUCUGGCUGAGUUCUACCACCCGGGGCAGGAGUACAACGUCCGAGUCGCCUCCCGCUACUUCAAGGGACCCGAGCUGCUGGUGGACUAUCAGAUGUACGAUUACAGUCUGGACAUGUGGAGCUUGGGCUGUAUGUUGGCCAGCAUGAUCUUCAGGAAGGAACCCUUCUUCCACGGCCAUGACAACUAUGACCAGUUGGUGAGAAUAGCAAAGGUCCUGGGGACUGAAGACCUGUAUGACUACAUUGACAAGUACAAUAUUGAGCUGGAACCGCGCUUUAAUGACAUUCUGGGAAGGCAUUCCCGCAAGCGCUGGGAGCGCUUUGUCCACAGCGAGAACCAGCACCUGGUCAGCCCUGAGGCGUUGGACUUCCUGGACAAGCUGCUGCGCUACGACCACCAGGCGCGGCUCACCGCCCGUGAGGCCAUGGAUCACCCGUACUUCUUCCCCAUCGUGAAGGACCAGUCCCGUGCGGGCGGAGCCAACCUGCCUGGUGGGAACACCGCUGUCAGCUCAGCCGGUAUGAUUACUGGUAUCUCUGCCUUGCCAGCAUCCACUGCCCUGGGCCCCCUGACUGGCUCUCCGGUCCUCUCUGCUGCCACCAACGUCCUGAGCACCCCAGUGCCCGCCGGUGCCCCCCAGUGACGUCCCACACAAACCCUCCCCCCCACAACCCAACCACCCACCCUCUCCUGCCCCUGAGCAGCUUUUAAAAGGGAUGUGGCUCUGCCAGCCUUCACUAUUUUGUCCCCACCAACCUCCUGGCUGAUGGACGCCGACGUCUUGAAAUUAAUUUAUCCCGCCCCUCCUUUUCGUCCUCGAAUGAACUUGUUAACUUGACAUCUGAAAUGAAUGUUCUGUGUAGUUUGGAAUAUACAGGUACUCCUUUCAUUAUUUCCCGCGUGCGUGCGUGUGUUGAGAGCAAUGGUUCUUCUUCCUUAGUUUGGAUUGUGAAGGCAACAUGUAAAAGGUGACAGAAAGUCGUUGGACCAAAGCGGGCUCCUCCUGUAAGGUUUACUACUGCAGCAUUGUCAAAAGCCACCCGAUGACACUUAAUCAGUCUGGUCACAAGUCGACACCCUCCAGAUGCCGCUGUUUGGAAAGUGUUUGGUGCUGUUCUGUGCUCCAGGUGUGUGUGAGAAUACCACGACACUGGAACACUUGCUCUGCCUGAGUAGUUGUGUCUAGCCUUUUUUCUAACCAAACCAGAUCACCAGUCUUCUUUUUGAUACGCGACUGUCAUGAGCUCUUGUUAAGUGUGGAAGUGUCCCAGGCUGUUGGAUACAGGGGGGCCACCGAGUGGUUCCCUAGCAACUCCUGUGUUGUACUCUGAUCUCUUUUAAGGAGCCAGGUAAGGUUCAUUCAGGUUCUCAAAGAAAUGGUUUCUCAAAUGUGCUGCUCUCCACUUCCUUGAAUGACUUCAAGUGGCUUUUCUUGAAUGACUUCAAGACGUAACCAAAGUUUACUCAGUCGGUUGGAAGACGAGACUGACCAAACCUAGUUUUGUGGGAGUUACUCGUACUGUAAUGCAGGCCGCCUGUGUGUCGUGGUAUUACUACAGAACCAUGUGCUGUCGGUAUAGGCGUCGACCUGUAGUGGGCCCCCGGGCUCUGAAGACCACGACACCGGGUGUCCCCCGAGGUUGGGUGUUGAAUAGCACUUGAAAAGUGUACGUUUUAGUCCCUGCUCUGUCAUGCGCAUCUUUUUUCUUUUUCAUUUUCUUUUUCUUUUCCAAACUUGCAAAAUGCAAAUAAAUCCAAACAUGUAUACAUUGACCCGAGAGCGGAGCAGUUGAAGUCCCUACAUCACUGUAU